GUGACCGGAUACAGCGCCCUCCAGGGUUCCAGCGGACAGAUCGAUGGGCCCGUCAACAACCGGCUGAUCACCGACGAGAGAGGUUGCUCGAUUUUGUCGAAAUUUUGUCGCGUCAGUGUAUUUUCUGUAGUAUAGCUGCACCUCAGCGCAUCAUAGGACAUUUGUAAUGUAUGCGGUUUACUCUCUUUGAUUGGAAAUUUUGGACUCGCCACGUAGCCAUCAUGUGGCCGUUCACCACGAGCGCAAACACGGGCGUUUUACCAGGACGUGGCAAGUACUCGGUGGGAUGCAUAGACAUCAUGGCAGACAGCUCACUCUCUGGAAGUUUCAUGCGGCUUUUCUACCCAGCUGACACGCCAAAAGAAAGCGCCCUCAACGACAACUCGGCAUGUCCAACUUGGCUUCCGAGCAAGGAGUAUGCCACAGGAUUCGUUGCCUACGCGGGUUUGCAACAGCGCUCCGCCCGACUUUUAGCCUCUGUCUUGAACUACUUUACAGGACGCAUAAAGAUACCAGCCGUCGAGAACGCACCACUCGCCAAGUCAGAUGCCCCUUUCCCAGUCCUGAUAUUUUCCCACGGUCUGUCUUCGUGCCGGACCACGUACUCGUCAAUUUGCGUCGAGAUGGCGUCACAGGGAUUCGUAGUCGCAGCUGUCGAGCACAGGGAUAGGUCAGCAUGCACCACUUACGUCAUCAAAAAUGUCACCACGGAUGACAGUGACUCAGGGGCGCCCUCUAGUGACACAGUCCGGGAGUGGAUUCCUAUUCUCCUUAUGAAGAAAGAUGAGUUCGAGAUCAGGAACAACCAGCUCAACACGCGUGCAGCAGAGUGUAGUCGAGCUCUUGAUCUGCUCUUACAAAUGAACAACGGGGAACCAGUGGUCAAUGCACUCAAUGAUGAGUUUGACGGAAGCAUGUUUCAGGGCAAACUUGACAGUGACAAAGUUGCAAUAUGCGGUCACUCGUUUGGGGGAGCAACUACCUUGUUGACAUUGUCUAAAGAUAAACGAUUCAAAUGCUGUGUGGCUUUAGAUCCUUGGCAGUUUCCCAUUGACAAGACAACAUACGUUGACAUUGACCAACCGGUGCUCUUGAUCAACACUGAGAAGUUUCAUUGGCCGGCCAACGUGACCCCCAUGAUCCGAUUGGUUCCUGACCUCAAUGAACCAACAGAAGACAGAAGAAUGAUCACCAUACGUGGGACAGUACAUUCAAGUCAGUGUGACUUUGCUACCCUCUUCAGGCCAUCCAUGGCAAGAUUUAUGCAUUUUGCUGGCAGCCUUGAUCCAGUCCUUGCCAUGGAGCUCAAUCUACAUGCUACCCUGGCCUUUCUGUCAUCUAAAUUAGGUCUUCCGUACAAUCCUGAUUACGACAGGAUUCUCCGAGGCGACAACGAGCACGUCCUCAUCGGCACCAACGUCAAACUCGACCCGGAGAAGGUCCUGGAUAUUAAGGCCAGUUUGUAACGGUUCUAGUUUAUCUGAUUUGUUGGAGUUGGGAUGCAAUCAGCUUAGAUAAAUCAAGAAGCAACAUACGGAUCAUGAAUUUUUGUUUUUAUUAGGUGGAGGGGAGCUGGGAAAAUUGUCAGUCCAGACAUCGGGAAACAACAGAAUUGGAUGAUUGGAUUGGCAAAUGCAUUAAACUACAGUCGACUCUCAUUAUAAAGAGCACUUUUAUAAAGAGGUUGUGCUUAUAAAGAGCAGAUUCUGAGGUCCCAAA